CGCUCCCGCCGGGGAUCCGCUCCCGCCGGGGGGGUCCGCACCGCUCCGUCCGAGGGUCUGCGCUGCUCCCGAGGGUCCCGCCCCACCCGAGGCUCCGCUCCAGCCCCCGCGGGUCCCCGUCCCGCCGCCGCUCCCGGUGCCGCCGCCCGCCAUGAGCUCCGCGUCCUGCCCUCCCCGGGAGCCCCCCCGGUACCUCAGCAAGGCAGAGGCCGAGGCCAUCGAGAAGGAGCUGCUGGAGGAUUAUCGGUUUGGGAGGCAGCAGCUCAUCGAGAUCUGGGGACACGCCUGUGCCGUGGCUGUCACCAAGGCGUUCCCGCUGCCCUCGCUGCCCCGGAAGCAGCCCACGGUGCUGGUGGUGUGCGGGCCGGCGCAGAACGGGGCCAUCGGGCUGGUGUGUGCCCGGCACCUCCGCAGCUUUGACUACGAGCCCACCAUCUUCUACCCCAAGCGCUCCCCGGACCCCCUGUACCGGGAUUUCACGACGCAGUGCGAGAAGAUGGACAUCCCCUUCCUCUCCUACCUGCCCACCGAG